AUGCUUAUCAUCAAGCUAUUGGGAGCCUUGUUGCUCCUUGCGUCUACCUCUCAAGGUUUUGAUUACACGCUCUCAUCAGAUUCUGCUUUCGAGAUUUCCACCACCGACGUUGCUACCGAUAUUGGAGAUUUGAAGGUUCUUUUCAAUGGCGACUCUGUGUAUGUGCAUGUGUCUGGAUUGGAAUGGGUUGAAACGGACAAUAAUGACACGGAAGCCGUGCUUUUCUACGAAACAUCUGUGGACGGGAAAGUCAGCAGUAUUGGAAGCUACGACUUGAACACAUUUGGUCGACAACUGCCCGAUAAGCUCGAUGUUGGCAAUCUGACUGUGACCAAUUCUGGAGCUCAUACCGUUGUGGUCCGGCUUUUUGCCCCCAAUAACUUUGACUUGACCACGGAACGCACCUAUCAGAGCUAUGCAGCUGGAGUUUCCAUCAUUCCCUUGAUUGUCGUCUUGGUUCUGGCCAUGGGCACGCAAAUGGUCGAAUUUUCCUUGUUUGUCACUAUCUUUAUUGGAGCGUGCAUGGUCACUGGAGGAAUCAAGGAAGGCUUUCAGACCACUUUGGAUACCUACAUCCUCAUGAAUCUCGCUGAUGUCGAUCAUGCCUACGUCUACCUCUUCAGUUUGUUCUUGUCGGGUCUUGUCUCCAUGAUGCAAAAAUCUGGUGGUAUGAUUGGAUUUACGCAAUGGGUAGCACAGUAUGCCAAGACUCCCAGAGCGGCACAAGUCUCCAUCUUUUGUGUCACCCUGCUCUGUUUCUUUGAUGACUACACAAAUUUGCUCCUCACGGGUCAAUCCAUGUCUUCGCUCAGUGAUCUCAUGAUGGUAUCCAAGGAAAAAUUCACCUUCCUCGUGGAUGCUACCGCCGCUCCUUUGGCCUCCUUGACCCCUGUCAGUUCCUGGGUCGGGUUUGAAGUGAACUUGAUCCAGACGGAACUCACCAAGCUUAUUGAAAUUUAUGGCGAAGAAAACUUGACCGUCUCCACAUCGGCAAUCCAGGUCUUCCUUCAGAGUAUCAAGUACCGAUACUACCCCAUUUUCAUGCUUUUCCUCAUUCCAACCCUUCUUGUCCUUCAACGCGACUUUGGGCCCAUGCUGUUGGCGGAACGACGCGUCCGCGUCCAUGAACGUACUGAUGGAGGAAAGGGUCACAUCGAGAGAGCCGAGGGAGAUGAGGGCAUGAAGACUGAGAAUGAUCCAAGAACCGACAUUCCUUACAGGACAUUCAACAUGCUGGUGCCUGUCCUGCUGCUCAUCUUUUUCAUUUUCUUCCUUAUGAUACGUACGGGAGAUGACGGUUCUGGCAGUCAAAGCUUUACUGAAAAGAUUGAAAGCAGUGACUCCUUCAGUGCCUUGCUUUGGGGAACCAUGGCCACAGCCAUUAUCACGGGUCUCAUGUACGCGCUGCAGAUUGUUCAAAAUGGUCACUAUGUGCUGCCCACGCUUCCUGUCCUCAAGAGUUGCUUGUGCGGUGUGAGUGAGACAGAAGUCGUUGUAGAAGAAGACAAUCUUGAAAAGCCAAGCGCGGAUGGAGACGUUGGAGAAGACGAAGGCGAGGAAAUGUACAAGGGAGAAAGUUUAGCGCUGUUGCCUGAAAUGGGCCGAGCUCGCAGCCUGAUGUCCAUCUACGAGAGUGUUGAAAGUUUCUUGUUUGGAAUGAAUCGCCUCUUCCCCGCCUUGAUUGUGCUCACUCUCGCCUGGGCCACCGGAGACAUCAUGACAACUGUGGGAGCGGACAGCGUUGCCCCGGAAGCCAUGCCAACACUUGCCUUCGUCAUCGCUGUCAUCAUGGCUUUGGCUACCGGAAGUUCCUGGAGUACCAUGACAAUCUUGUUCCCACUCAUUAUGGUCCCAACCUACCGCGUGGCUGAGGGAGAUGAACUUAUCUUUUAUGCCACAGUUGCAGGCGUUUUGUCGGGUUCAGUUGCCGGUGAUCACAUGAGCCCCAUCUCUGAUACUACGGUCAUCUCUGCAAUGAGUUGUGGAUGCAAGUUGCUCAACCACGUGGUCACCCAGGCUCCCUAUUCCACUGUGAUUGUUAUUUUCUGUAUUCUGUUUGGUACUAUCCCCAUUGGAAGGAACGCCAUGCCCAACAUUGUGGGUAUCUUGCUGGCUCUAGUUGCCAUCAUCUUGUGGGUCUUCUUCGUGGGUGCUCCCAUUGUCAGUCCAACCGGCAGGUAUGAUAUUCUGACGGAGUUGUUCCUAAAGUGCAGACCAAAUCCCGGGUUGCAGGAACUCCGUGAAGAGACUAUCAAAUACCACGAAGACAAGUUUGGUGGUGACAUGGAUAUGGGUGACGGCGACGAACCCGAGCAGGAGGGCAAGGGUGAAGGAAAUGAUGCCCCAGAGGAGCAAGAGGAGGAGCCCAACAAGGAAGAAGAAGACGAUCCAGAGAAAGAAGAAGUUCCUAUGGACGAUAAUUCCCUCAAGAAUUCCCACUUGACCACGGUGUCAGCUUAG